AUGAAGGUGCUAUUCCCUACUGCCCCUGAAUCUGUGAAACCAGUGCCGAAUGCCUGGCGCGUUGAGGAAUUAUGCCAUACGGAAUUGGUUGAUUAUCAAGUCCAGGUUGAUUAUACAGGGUGUUUGAGUGAGCAUCGAGAAUGGUUCCAGAUCUCUGCUGCAGAUGCAUUUGCGGUGAUUAAAAAAUGGUCUGCGUGGAUGAGAACCACACCAUACGACCCAGUGCUCGGGAACUUGAAAGAGAAGGAGAAACGUAAAGCUGCGGAAAUGGACGACUUCAUGAGCGAACUAGCAAAGUCGGAAGGUUGA